ACACAUUGUUAUUAUAUAAUUUAUCACUGACUCACAGAAACGGGAGUCAACAUUGAGUUCAAAGAAACUCCUUGCGUUUUGCUUUAGAUGGACAGCAGUUCAGACUCUGCUUGUUUCAAAGUUCCAGAAUACUCCGGCCUGAAUUGCUGAACACAUUAUUAUUAUAUAAUUCAUCACUGACUCACAGAAACAAGAGUAUACAUUGAAUUCGAAGAAACUCCUUUGCAUUUUGCAUUGAUGGGCAGCAGUUCAGAUUAUGCUUCUUUCAAAGUUCCAGAAUACGUUCUGCCCUCCAGUGGCAGGAGAAUGCCGCUGUUGGGGUUCGGCACGGGGACCUCACCGCCGGUUGGGCCAGAGGCUACAAAACAGGCAAUUCUGCAUGCCAUUAAGUUGGGUUACAGACACUUUGACACGGCCUCCAUGUACCAAACGGAGCAGCCACUGGGGGAUGCAAUCAGGGAAGCACUUUCUCUCGGACUGAUUGAAUCCCGAGACGAUGUCUUCAUCACCACAAAGGUCUGGCCCACGGAAGCCCAUGCCGAUCUUGUUGUUCCUGCCCUUCGGAAGAGCUUAGAGAAUCUGAAGUUUGAGUAUGUUGAUUUGUAUCUGAUUCACUGGCCUGUGAGCGCAAAACCGGGGGACUUUGUGUACCCAAUUAGGAAGGAAGACUUUCUUCCCAUGGAUUUCAAAGCUGUAUGGGGUGCCAUGGAAGAGUGCCAGAGGCUUGGCCUCACAAAGUCCAUAGGUGUUAGCAAUUUCACCAUCAAGAAGCUCACUGAUAUCCUUGCCUUUGCAAAGAUCCCUCCGGCUGUUAACCAGGUGGAAAUAAACCCAGUAUGGCAACAGAAGAAGCUAAGAGAGUUUUGCAGGGCACAUAACAUUUUUUUGACUGCUUAUGCUCCACUUGGAGCCAAAGGAACCCUAUGGGGCAGUAACCUAGUUCUGGAGAGUGAGGUGCUCAAGGAAAUUGCCAGAGCCAAAGGAAAGACCGUUGGUCAGAUUUGUUUGAGGUGGGCAUAUGAACAAGGCGUCAGUGUGGUAGUGAAGAGUUUCAACCACGAGAGGAUGAAGGAAAACCUUGAGAUAUUCGACUGGUCGUUGAGUGAGGAAGAGCUGAAGAAGAUCGAAGAGAUCCCACAACACAGAAUCUGUCGCGGAGAAGAUUACAUCUCCAGUUAUGGACCUUACAGGACAGUAGAAGAACUAUGGGAUGGGGAACUUUGAUUCCAUCAUAUGAUUAAGUCGAACAUCAAUGAACCCUGUUCUAAAUAUUCUAAGUAAUGUGUGAAUAAUCCCAACCGAUUGAACUCCCUCACAGAAGGGAGUGUACAGUGUUGUUAGCGUGAGUGUCAGCGUGUGUGUGUGUAAAGGGUUCAGUCCGGCAUCUUCUUUCAGACCUGAUUAAAUAAAAGAGACAUGAUCUCUACUGGGUCAUUUUUCUCGUAUCAACAUUAAGAU